AAAAAAUUCAAUCAAAUCAUCUCUCACAAUAUCGUAACAUUGCAUGCCAUUCGCAUGAAGCGAUCUUUAAAAACAAUCCCAGCGCCUUGUAUUUUACAAAAAUGUUCCAAAAGAGCAGAUAAGAAGUGACAUACCAACCAUAUCGUAUUUAUAUAUACCUAUCACGUACGUGACCCAGAAAAUUGUAAAAAUUUGAAAAAGGGGAAAAUAAACUUUUUGGCAAUUUUUUUUUAACCUUUUCAAUACGUAUAUUCACCUUGACAAUAUUUCGCCUUCUCAAAAAAUGAGUAAAUUGAUGAAAGGAGCCGUUGAAAGCGAGAAGUUUAGACUUCGUCGCAUUCGUAUUGCUUUAACCUCCAAGAGUUUGAGGGCUAUAGAGAAAGUCUGCAGCGACAUCAUGAAAGGCGCGAAGGAAAAGAACCUAAACGUGUCCGGACCGGUGAGGCUACCAGUAAAAACGUUGAGAAUAACGACAAGAAAAUCCCCAUGUGGUGAAGGUACCAACACCUGGGAUAGAUUCGAACUAAGAAUUUAUAAAAGACUGAUUGAUUUAUAUUCCCAAUGUGAGGUUGUUACUCAAAUGACCUCCAUCAACAUUGACCCUGGGGUUGAGGUUGAGGUUAUUAUAACAGAUUCG